AUGGGAGACAACUACGGAUACCAAGGCUAUUCAAAUGCCAACUACGGUGGACAAAACGCCAACAAUAAUGGCGGGGGGUUUAUGAGCGGUUCGCAACAGGGCAGCCAGGAUUCUCCUAACGGUCAGAAGGUGUAUGGGCAAGAAAGUUUAAGGCCGGUUACAAUCAAGCAAAUUCUUGAUGCCACCCAAGCCCACUCGGACGCAGAGUUCAAAAUCGAUGGCUCGGAAGUAACACAGGUCUCUCUAGUCGGCCAAAUAUCUACCAUCUCUCCCCGCGCCACAAACAUAGUCUACAAAAUCGACGACGGAACCGGCACCCUGGAAAUCCAGCAAUGGAUAAACAGCGACAUGGAAGAAGGAGCCACCAAACCGAUCGCACUCGAAGGCCAAUACCUCCACGUCUGGGGUCGCAUAAAAGGAUUACAGAACAAACGAACCGUAUCCUCACAGAUGCUACGUCCCGUAGCUGAUUUCAACGAAGUCACAUACCAUCUUCUCGAAGCCACUGCUAUUCAUCUAUAUUUCACUCGCGGACCACCAGAGGGUGCGACGGUCAAGGCUGAAGGCGGAAAUGGCAUGUUUGUGGAUAACAAUGGAGGGGGUAAUGUAGGUGCUGCCCAAGGACAGGCUGCUGGGAAAAAGUUACCAGCGAAGACGAGUGCGAUUGCGAGGAAGGUUUAUCAUUUGUUACAAGAGGCGCCCCAGAAUAACGAGGGGUUACAUGUUCAGAAUAUUGCGUCCCAGCUGGGGAUGCAGGCAAAUGAUGUGUUCAAGGCAGGCGAUGAGUUGUUGGGCGAUGGUGUCAUUUAUACGACUGUAGAUGAUGAGACUUGGGCGGUUCUGGAGUAUUGA